AUGCGUUUGACACCCGUGUUGCUCGCCGCCCUCGCCGGGCUAGAGGCAGCUCACGCUCACGGGGAUGAGCCUCACAUGAACAUGGUGUUGCCGCGUCUCAGGAACGUGGAAGAAUUGCGCCAGAAGCGCGUGAAAUACGAGCCAUGGAACCCCCCAACCGUAGCCUACAAGCCUCGUGGCGAGCGUGCAAACCGUUUGUCACCCCGACAGGCCGCCACCAUCAAGUUGGGAGACAACGUUCAGUGUGGAGGUACUUUUGGAAGGUGUGCUGAUGGAUUUUGCUGUUCAUCUGCCGGAUGGUGCGGACAGGGCACCGAAUAUUGCAGAGCACCAGAUUGUCAAAUCAGCUACGGUCCAGGCUGUGACGGCAACCAGAAGCCUAGCGGCACCGACACAGCCAACGAUGCGAGGCCUUUGAAGGGCAGCAUCCCCUACGGCGGCGUCGGAAUCUACGCCUGUGAAAAUGACGGCGACGUCGCCGUCACCUACGACGACGGUCCCUACAUCUACACUGCCGCCAUGUUGGACGCUUUCAAGGCACACAGCGCCGUUGCCACGUGGUUCAUCACCGGCAACAACCUUGGCAAGGGCCAGAUCAACGUGGCGUACCGCAAUGUCAUCCAGCGCAUGUUUAACGAGGGUCACCAAAUCGCCAGCCACACGUGGUCGCACGAGAACCUGGACCAGAUGACAUUAGCGCAGCGGAAGAACCAGAUGGUGUAUAAUGAGAUCGCGUUCAUGGACAUUCUUGGUUUCUACCCUACCUACAUGCGACCGCCCUACUCCAUUUGCGGAGCCGAGUGUCAGCAGCAAAUGGUGGAUCUUGGUUACCACAUCACCUACUUCGAUCUUGACACCGAGGGAUACCUCCACACUGAUCCGAGCCAAAUCCAGGUUAGUCUGAACCUGUGGGAUGCCGCCAUGAUCGCACGCUCGGCUUGCAACGGCAGUUACUUGCACAUCGAGCACGACAUCCACCAACAGGUCGCUACAACUUUUACCAACCACAUGCUGGACUCCAUCGUCGCCAACGGCUGGAAGGCCGUGACCGUCGGUGAGUGCCUGGGCGACCCCCCCGAGAACUGGUACCGCGGCAACGUCCCCGGCUACAACUUCAAGAUCUCGGCUGUCAGUCCCUUGGCCUGCUCCAGCACGCGCAGCACGUCCUCGUCGAGGACCACCUCCACUCGCACGUCGACAUCCAGCACGUCGACAUCCACCGCCCUCGCCGUCUCCCUCGACGGCUCCUGCGGAGCCACCGGGGCCAAGACCUGCCAGGGCUCAGUCUUUGGCAACUGCUGUUCCAAGAACGGAUGGUGUGGCAGCACAGCCGCUUACUGCGGCACGGGCUGCCAGUCCAAGUACGGUACUUGCGGAAGCCAGUCUUCGUCGAGCAGCGUUAGCUCAGGUAGGACCUCUUCAUCUUCGUCAUCCAGCCGUAGCGGCACUUCUUCUUCUUCUACUUCCUCGUCGCGGACCAGUGCUUCAUCGUCUUCCAUACGAUCGAGCACUGGCUCUGCCUCAAGCUCAAGGACCUCAACUUCAAGCUCGCGGACCAGUGCUUCUUCGUCUUCCAUACGAUCAAGCACUGGCUCUGCCUCAAGCUCACGUAGCAGUACCAGCAGCAGCACUUCUGCCCGCUCGACCACUAGUUCGAGCUCGUCCACACGCUCUUCUUCUACCUCGUCGUCUAACACGCGCUCCUCAGGCACUGCUUCCAGCACCAGAUCCACUACUUCUUCCUCUGGCACCGGUACAAGAUCCGCUACUGGGUCUAGCUCUGCUGCGUCAUCCACGUCCACACGGCCCGUCUCCACGAACGGCGAGUGCGGUUCCGGCAACGGAAGACAGUGUAUCGGCUCUGCCUUUGGCAACUGCUGCUCCCAAUACAACUUCUGCGGUAGCACCUCUGGCCAUUGCGGCACGGGUUGCCAGUCUGCGUUUGGCACUUGCAACGCCGGGUCCAGCUCUUCUGCUGGCUCGUCUGCCAGCUCGUCUACCGGCUCCUCCAGCCGUUCCAGCAGCGCUGCCGCCGGGGGGAGCUCGACCGCGUCAAGCACCGGUGCCCUCCCGACCUCUUCGCUUCUGGCUUCGAUUAACGGCGAGUGUGGUGGCCUAAACGGACGGACGUGCUUGGGAACUUCGUUCGGCAACUGCUGUUCUCAGUACGACUACUGCGGCAACAGUGCGGCCCACUGCGGGACCGGUUGCAAGUCUGCCUUCGGCACCUGCAACGCCGGGUCCAGCUCUUCGGCCGGCUCCUCUGUCUCCAGCUCCGCUGGAACCCCGGCGUCCUCCGCCGCCUCAACCCGCGUCAGCUCCACUAACCCGGCAGCCGCAACCAACACCAGGCUCUCGACCAGCGGCGAGUGCGGUGGCACGGCCGGCUUCAACUGCCUGGGCUCCAACUUCGGAGACUGCUGCUCGCCCUACAACUACUGCGGCAACACCACCGCCCACUGCGACACGGGCUGCCAAAGCAACUUUGGCCGAUGCAGCGGCACCGGCGCCAACGUUCAGGUCUCACUCAAUGGAAACUGCGGCCCCACCAACGGCGGCGCCACCUGCGCCGGCUCGGCCUUCGGCAACUGCUGUUCGACCUAUGGGUAUUGUGGCAGCACCUCCGCCUUCUGCGGCACCGGCUGCCAGUCCGGCUUUGGCACUUGUGGAUCCUAAGAAAAUCAGUAUUCCAAUUCUGGACCGACAACAACGGCCGCUGCUCCCGCCCGCUACGACAACGUCCGCAGGCCGUGGCCGAAUUCAAUACCUAUGGACUUUGGGCACCGUCGGUGCUAUUUGUGGUACUUUGAUCAAGAGCAAGAGCGAUGGCGGCUUCUGCUGCACAUACCCAUCACCCCAACCCCUAUUCCCCAUCUCACCACACCCCUCCUCCACGACAUGUCACGCCACGAGUGAUGAUGGGUGGUGUGUGGGAUUGUUCCAUUUUGAAAAGAAAAGGGGCAGUACAUGAUUUAUUUCUUACCUUCAAACGACAAAUAGGCGCCGGAAUUCACGAGGACACAAAAGUAUACGAUGCCGGCCAUGUUUUUUGUAAUCCUGAAUUAUUGUUUUUUGGAGGUGGUCCUCAAGUAGCUCGCCUCUCGCUUGUCUCGGAGCAGUCC